GAGCCCCGGAAACGCAGGCUGGCGAGGUUGUUUUGCUGAAUUUGCGGUCUCUGGUUAUGAAAUGUGAAUUCAGAACGAGGUUGAACGACAGUUUUGAUAAUAUUUUAGCUAGAAUUAAAUCUUAAAAUCAGCAAAAUAGGGGUGAAAAUUAGAGCUGCCAAAUGGAUAAAGCUGUCAGUUUACCGAGUCAACCUGACAAAUUAACGACAGUCACGCUGGUGGAAACCAACAGCAAUCCAAAUGGACUGGAGCUGGUGAGCACUUAUAACACCAACCGAGUCGGAGAUCCCAUGGACCUCGUCGCUCUGGCUGACCAGGUCCAGAAGGGAGACGAAUUUGUCCGAGCAAAUGCUUGCAACAAGUUGACCGUCAUCGCUGACCAAAUAAAAUACCUGCAGGAGCAAGCGAGAAAGGUGUUAGAGGACGCUAAGAGGGACGCUGAUCUUCACCAUGCAGCCUGCAAUGUUGUGAAGAAACCAGGAAACAUGUACUACCUGUACAUGCGUGAAUCCGGCCAGCGUUACUUCUCUAUUCUCUCCCCGCAGGAAUGGGGUCCGAGUUGUCCACACAAGUUCCUUGGUGCUUAUAAACUGCAGUACGACAUGUCCUGGACUCCGCUGGACGAGGUUGAAAAACGGGAAGCUGACAUCAGUGUCAUGGACAAACUCCUGAACAGACAAGCCGCUCUUCUGGACAGCGCAGAACCAAACUUUGACGGUCUUUCAAACUGACUGGACGCUGAGUGUGUGUGUGCGCCCGUGCAUAUACAACAUAAUCUGAUAACUGCAAAAAAAUAAAUAAAAUGAAAGUCAAUAUAAA